AGCCCCACAGGAUCCUCUGACCCCUCUUGUCCUCGCAGACCCAAGAAACCAAGAUGGCAGCAGCCGGACUUCUGCCACUGCCAGCAGGACCUCAGGUGAAGGUAACCUUCGAGGAUGUGGCUGUUCUGCUGUCUCAGGAGGAGUGGGCCCGCCUGGGCCCUGCUCAGCGGGGCCUCUACCGAAAUGUGAUGAUGGAGACCUACGGGAAUGUGGUCUCACUGGGACUCCCUGGAUCCAAGCCUGUUGUGAUCUCCCAGCUGGAGCGAGGAGAAGAUCCAUGGGUCCUGGAUGGGCAGGAAUCUGAGCAGAGCCAGGGCCUGGGAAAUGGCCAUUCAGAAUGGAAAACCAAGGACGAGAACCAGAACACAAAUUUGAACUUGCAGCCAUUGAUCUCAGAUGAAAAGACACUGCUCCUGGGGGACGCACUGUUGAAGGCUAAUGAAGGUCACUACAAAACAGAGAACUUCUGCCCGAGUCCAACCCCUGUCAACCCCCGUAAUGUCCAGGGAUCGAAUCCCAGUGUACCUCUUGCUCGCCACCAGAUGGCUCCUAGUGGAGAGAGACCCUAUAUGUGCAUUGAGUGUGGGAAGUGCUUUGGGCGGAGCUCCCAUCUCCUUCAGCAUCAGCGAAUACACACUGGUGAGAAGCCCUAUGUAUGCCAUGUGUGUGGGAAGGCCUUCAGCCAGAGUUCUGUCCUUAGUAAGCACAAGCGGAUCCACACAGGCGAAAAGCCCUAUGAGUGUAAUGAAUGUGGGAAAGCCUUUAGGGUCAGCUCAGACCUUGCCCAGCACCACAAGAUACACACGGGAGAGAAGCCUCACGAAUGUUUGGAAUGUGGGAAGGCGUUCACUCAGCUCUCACACCUCAUCCAGCACCAGCGGAUCCACACAGGGGAGAGGCCGUACGUGUGUGCCUUGUGUGGGAAAGCCUUCAACCAUAGCACUGUCCUGCGGAGCCACCAGAGAGUGCACACUGGAGAGAAGCCUCAUGGGUGCAGCGAGUGUGGGAAGACAUUCAGCGUGAAGAGGACAUUGCUGCAGCACCAGCGGGUCCACACUGGGGAGAAACCCUACACUUGCAGUGAGUGUGGCAAGGCCUUCAGUGACCGCUCGGUGCUCAUCCAGCAUCACAACGUGCACACUGGGGAAAAGCCGUACGAGUGCAGUGAGUGUGGCAAGACCUUCAGCCACCGCUCCACCCUGAUGAAUCAUGAGAGGAUUCACACCGAGGAGAAACCCUAUGCGUGCUAUGAGUGUGGGAAGGCCUUCGUUCAGCACUCACACCUCAUCCAGCACCAGAGAGUCCACACCGGAGAGAAACCCUACGUGUGUGGCGAGUGUGGGCAUGCUUUCAGCGCGCGCAGGUCUCUGAUCCAGCACGAGAGAAUCCACACAGGCGAGAAACCCUUCCAGUGCACAGAGUGUGGCAAAGCGUUCAGCCUGAAAGCAACUCUCAUCGUGCACCUGAGGACCCACACAGGUGAGAAGCCCUAUGAGUGCAAUAGCUGUGGCAAGGCCUUCAGCCAGUACUCGGUACUCAUCCAGCACCAGAGGAUCCACACGGGAGAGAAACCCUAUGAGUGUGGGGAGUGUGGGCGUGCCUUCAACCAGCAUGGGCACCUGAUCCAGCAUCAGAAAGUGCACAAGAAGCUCUGAUCCAUGGCUGUCAGAAGCCCAACUUAGAACAUACACGAUACAUGAACAGCCUUCCUCCUCCUAGGAAGGAAUUCUGUUAAAUCUGCAGGACCUUUCUUUGGUGACUCAAUGUCACGAUUCCUUUUCCUUCCUAGGGAAAAACAUUCUUCUGUUAGUUUUAUUUUCCUCAAUAUCUUGGUGUUAUAUUGGAGAAUAACCCUACAGUUGUGGAUAUUGGUAAAGAUAGCCAUAAUUCUCCCUUUGCUUAUUUGGCAUUAGCUUUAUUGAAGCAACUGAAAAGUUCAGACGAAGGGACUAUUGACAUUUUCAAAUGACGUUCCUUUUCUUACUAGCUUCAUGACUUUCCUAAAUGCAUCUGAUCAUUCUAAUAUUGUAUUUAAAUUUAUAACACUGGGCUAUUUUGGGUAUUUUUAAAUUUUUUUUUUGGGGGGGAGGGCUAAUUUGAGACAGGGUCUCUGUGUAGCCCUGGCUAUCCUGGAACUUACCACCUACCUCUGCUUCCUGAGUGCUGGGGUUAAAGGGGUGUGCCGGCACUGCUCGGCUUAUUUUUGGUAUUCUUAUAAAACACUUAUGUACUAUGUGAAUAAAGUGAUAUUAAAAAAAAAAAAGAUCCUGGGGGCAGAUGAUGGUUCAGUGGGGAAGACCUGAUAACCUUUUGCGUUCUAGAACCCACAUGGUGGACGAGAAAACCAACUCCCACAGGUUGUCAUCUUGCUUCCAUGUGAGUUCCGAGUACGUGAGUGUGUGAUAAGCAUACACACAUAAAUAAAAUCGAUAUUUUAAAAUAUUCUUAUGAAA